AUGAACUUACACAGUAGUUCAUCGAAACAUGACGAACUUCGUGAACACAUUUUUGAUUACUCCAAUUACUCUUCUACAGAAGAUGAGAACUCUAACUGGAAGCGUUCAACUAGUGAUGCAAGCUUUUUUCUUGACGGACAGCUUCCGAUCGACGAGUGCGACACAUCUGGAAAUGUUUCAGAACAAGCACGAGUUUAUUGGGACUUACCAGAAGCUGUGGAAGCCUCCGUAACACCUAGUUGUGGAUUAGACAGAUCACAACGCAGCUACGAAGUACGAAAAUUAGAAAAGGUGUCAAGUGGAUCUGCAACAUCACGUGUUCAGGUGCAUCGUGUGCAUUUUCGAGAGCACAACUUACCACCAAUAAUGAGAAAAGAUGGAGCGAAUCGUUCACAGUCAACACCAUUUACACCAUUUCAAAAUACAGACUGUGCACGUUUAUUGAGACAGUUUCAAGAACAGCAGCAACAAAGAGAUUAUAAUCUUGAUUCAACUCGAUUAUUAUCUGUUCAGCAUCGUUCAAAAUCUGACGCAAAUCAGUCAGUAUCAUCAAGUUCUAAAUUUGUUUUAAAGGCUACUGAUCAUCAAUCUGAUCUGAGAAAUAACGACGCAAUUAUUAUGGGUAAUAAAGCUAUUAAAAAAGAAUAUAUCAAAGAAUCAACGACAUCAUCAUCAUUAUCAAGUGUUCUUAAUAAUAGAUUUGAUACAUUUAUCAAUCAUACUAGUGAUAAUGUUGAUAAUAAAAUUAUUAAUGAUAUUAAUCCUAAAAGUAACCACAAUUUUCAAAUGAUUGAACAAAAAAUGAUAUCAGAAAUGGAAAAACUAAGACAUAUUUCGUUGUCACCCUUCACUGUUUCAUCAUCUUCAUCAUUAUCGACCAUCGUGCAGCCAUCAGACAAUACUUGCUAA